ACGGUCAUGACGCAGAGAACCCGGAAGAGUGUUUGCUGUCAAUGCCAACGACAGAGAGGAAGCACUGAGAGCUAAAAACCCCGCAUUUAAGACAAGAUGACAGGACUGCCCCGCAGGAUCUUAAAGGAAACUCAACGUUUGAUUGCAGAGCCUGUCCCAGGCAUCAAGGCGGAGCCAGAUGAAGGCAAUGCCCGCUACUUUCAUGUGGUCAUUGCUGGACCUCAGGACUCUCCUUUCGAGGGGGGCACUUUUAAACUUGAGCUCUUUUUACCAGAAGAAUAUCCCAUGGCAGCUCCUAAAGUACGCUUCAUGACCAAAAUAUAUCAUCCCAAUGUAGACAAGUUGGGGAGAAUAUGUCUAGACAUUUUGAAAGAUAAAUGGUCACCAGCUCUGCAGAUUCGCACAGUGCUGCUAUCAAUCCAAGCAUUACUAAGUGCACCCAACCCUGAUGAUCCCCUUGCAAAUGACGUUGCAGAGAAGUGGAAGUCCAAUGAAGCUGAAGCCAUAGAAACCGCCAAGACAUGGACCAAGCUUUACGCUGGAACCAAAAAUGAAGUGUAGAGCAGCCCAACAAGAGGAAAUCAAAUGCGAUUACAACUCCCCAUGUUCUGCCUUUAUUCACAUUUAAAGGACACAGUCUUAAAUAUAUAUAUACAAACAUAUAUAUAUAUAUAUAUAUAUUAUAAAAAUAAACGUGAAUAUAUUGUAAAGGAAAAAACAACUGCUGACAAUUGGUGAUUUACAUGCACACUAGUAAUGAAAUGACUCGUCUUUGUCCUUACUCACUGCUGUUCAAAUGCAUGGGCAGAGGUUUUAGAUCUACUCACCUGGCUUUCUUUGUCCAUUGAUUGAUUUUGGGAAGCUUUUGCCAACUGCUGCUUUAAUAAGCACAUUUAAGGUGGGGGGGAGGGGUCCUAUGUCCAACUGUUUUGGGGAUUUUGGGGGGUCCUAUAGCAGUGGAAUGGGUUGGGGGAGAGGGUGGCUAGAUGUGGUCAAUAUUGUAUACUUUUUACAUUUCUUUUAACUUUGUUUUCUCGUGUCGCUGUUUUGGUUAUUAAAAGCAGCUAACUACUUCUAGCUCAUUGUAUGUAGACAUUCACCUGGAGGCUGACCAGAAUUUCGUGUUUUGUAGAUGACCCAGCAGGAUGCAUUAACUAUCAUAGCCCAGCUUCUUUAAGUAUCAUCUGGCUGCAUUCAAUACAAAAUAAUAUGACUAAAAAUAAAACUGAGCCUGUCACUGUCACAUUAACUUUUUCAAACACUGUGUAAACUGUUGGCUUGUGGAUGGCGUUGGAGUGUGUGGAAGGUUGGGUGGACAUCGUGGACCUUUCCUUAGUUUUAGCACAUAUGUUUUAUGACCAUACUCAGUCUUUCAUAUGUGAAUCUUUCUUGCUAUUGCCAUACUAACUACUCUGCUUUUCCCAUGAAUGUCAUCACAGUCUAAUGCUACAAGACUCAGUGGUUUACUUCUUCCAACGGCAUUUAUUUCAAAAAGCAGUAGCUACAUUUGAGCUGUCAGUUGUUUGAUGGUGAAAGUGGUCAUGGAUCACGUGGUGUGGGGUGUUGAGGGACUGAUCUGUAUGAGAAGAGAUGCUGGGUUGUUACAGGAUCAAAUGAAGGCUUUGAACUCAACUGUCAUGAUUGGUGUUUGACUGAAAAGUCUGUAUUCAAUUCACUGUUUGUAAAUUCAUUCUUUCUAUUAAUCUGGGGAGGGAAUGUUUUCCUGCUCUCAGAAUGCUAUGAAACAGUCCACCUGCAUACUUUUAUGUUCUGUAAAUAAAAUCUGUUGAUUAAUAAA